AUGAAAGCCAGGACCAUGUUCGCAGCUAUCAUUCUUGUAUUUGCCCUGGUCAGUCAUGGUCUGAUGAAUCCUGCCAUGGGGAUGCUCGAGAACAAGGGUGCUGCUGCCGGCGGAGAGACCAUGUCCGCGAAGCCCACCCUUGGUGCCGGUGGUGGGACCACCGUGGACAACCACCAUGCCAUCCCGCGAGAUCAGUACAGCAGUCAUGGAGGAGACGACGGAGGCAGCGGUGGUGAUACAAACAACUAG